GCUUUAUUAUGCAUGUAUUUUUACAGCUGAUUUUUUAAAAGUCUGUGUUUAUUGUAUUUCAGAUGCUGAGAUGAAUCGACACCUGUGUGUUUGGCUUUUUAGACGUCCGUCUCUUAAUGGUUCCCUCCACUGUCACAUCCAGCUCCAUUCUCAUCAAUUUGGACAGAUUCAUCUUGACACAAGGAUGCAGGUUUUCAGACAAAACGGAAAGUGCAUUCUUCAUCACCUGCUAAGUAAGAAUUGGUCCAGGAGAUACUGUCAUCAAGGCACCAAGAUGCUCUGGAAGCAUAAAGCACUACAGAAAUAUAUGGAGAACCUGCAUAAGGAGUCCCAAACACUUGAGCAGUGUCUGCAGCACUUCUCUGUGAAUGAAGAGAAGCGAAGGUCCUUGAACAGAAGGCAGGCUGAGUUGGCACCUCUUGCAGCCGUUUACCAAGAAAUUCAGGAGGCUGAACAAGCAAUUGAAGAAUUAGAAUCAAUGUGUAAAAGGUCUCACUUGUUGCCCAGGCAGGAGUACGGUGACUCAUUCAUAGCUCACUAUAACCUCUAAAUCCUGGCCUCCCACCUCAGCAUCCUGAGUAGCUAGGGCUACUGUGCCAGGGCCUUGCAGGGAGAUGUGAUUAUAGCCACUGAGCCACUGAGGCUGGCCUGAAGUCA